CAACAUAAAAUUCAUAUCUGCUUGCUUUCAUUCAAUAUUUGUUCGUCUUCAAAUAAAUUAACCAUAAUUUUAUUUAAAAUUGUAAAAUGGCAAAUAUAGCAGCUAAACGCAUUAAAAGAGAAUUCAAGGAGGUCAUGAAAAGUGAAGAGGUCGCAGGCGGUACCAUUAAAUUGGAGCUGAUUAACGACAGCUGGACAGAACUCCAAGGCGAGAUAGCCGGCCCACCAGACACACCAUACGAAGGUGGAACAUUCCUUUUAGAGAUAAAAGUGCCUGAGACUUACCCAUUUAAUCCGCCCAAGAUUCGCUUUAUGACGAAGAUUUGGCACCCCAAUGUGUCAUCAGUAACGGGUGCUAUUUGUUUAGAUAUACUAAAAGAUCAAUGGGCGGCUGCCCUGACACUGCGUACGGUAUUGCUGUCCAUUCAGGCGCUUUUGGCUGCCGCUGAGCCUAAAGACCCACAAGACGCCGUCGUGGCCAAACAAUAUAGAGAAGACAUACACCUGUUCAACUUAACAGCCAGACACUGGACCAAUUCGUAUGCUGGAGGCCCUACGGUCAUUUGGGAGUUCAAUCAGAAAGUUCAAGUGUUACUAGAUAUGGGCGUCGAAGAAGAUCAAGCGAGAGUCGCACUAUCUACGUUUAACUGGGAACUAGAGCGGGCCACAGAACAUCUUUUUAGUUAGGAUAUUGAUAGAUAACUGUAGCAGUCAGCAUUAAUGGCAAAAAUGCUACAAUGUAAUAUAACAAUAAUAGUUAAAGAGCUCAGGGCUAUCAGAGAUCCCUUAUAGCAUAAAGGCUGAUUUUUUGUGUCCGCGCAUCCUACAUUGUGUAGCAAGACUAGUGUUAUAAAUUCGGGUUAGGGGGAACUCUCCCCUGGGCCGCGGCCCAGAUUACACGGACUAAAAAGAGAUGGGAAAACUGGGCUGAAUGUGCGGGCCACAAAAUCUAUCAUACCCAGUCGUAGGGUGCGGGACCAUAAAAAUCAGCCUUUGUACUAUGAUUUAAGUCUGAUAGCCUAGAGCUCUGGGUCUGUAACGUAACUUGUGAUGCAAAUGUUUCUCCGAUACAUCGCCUGCACGAACUCACAUGAUAAGUCUCGCAACCAUUCGAAAUAUUUUGGUCGUAAUCGUGGAUUAGAUAACUGGAAACAUUUCGUCUUAAAUGAAAUGUAUUUGAUUGUUAUUAUGACCAUUUAAUGUUUCAUAUGGCAUGGCAGCUAGUUAUGUAUAGGUUAUUUGUACUUCAUGUUAGGUUAGGGAUGAAAUACAUGUAGAUUAUCAAGAUGCGAGAGUUUAAAUAUUGAAGAAGUCCGUACUUGAAAUCAACAAGUGCUCGAAACAACCCUCACAUUCUGAGAAUUUUAAUGCAUUUUCUUCCAGAGCUUAUUGUUCGAAGAGUUUGAUACGUAUUUUUAUACAAAAUUGUUAUUUCUGCUUCCUUUCUCGAGAGCCAAAAUUUAAUGCCCCUACUUAUGUUAGUUGUACAUUAAUUCCUUUCAUUUUGUAUUCAUAAUUAUACGGUCAUUUAAACUGAGAUAACCUUUCAAUGAGAUGUUGCACUUAAUGUCAUAACAAUAGUUUAAAUAUUCAAUACGCCAGUAACAUAAUGUGAUGAUAUUGCCUCCAGUAAAGUUAACGAAAAGAUAAACUUUUGAUAAUGUUACAAAGUGAAUGUUAUGAUCUUAGGAUCACUGUAUAGAUAUAAAAAGUUGAAAAGUAGUAGUAGUCGAAAAGGGAAGAAGCGGUAUGACCGGAGCUCCCUUUCCCUUGUUCUAUAUUUCUUGUUAUAGAAGGCACAGAUUAUUAUGAUAACUAGCUUCUGCCCGCGACUUCGAACGCGGAUCUUGUUGAUUCUCGGAGCCCGUUUUCCAAAAUAAAUAAGAGCUUAUGUGUUGCCCAGGCUUAAUACUACUACUACUAUACUUACCCACAUUCAUUUUUAUUGUCUGAUUUAGAUAAAUUAUUCAUUAUGAUAUGAUUAUGAUGGAUGAUUAAUUCAAUCAAUUUAAUUUAUUGCAUGUUAUUGCUAUUCAACCUAUUAAUUUUAAUUUAAACAACUUACAGACACAGUUUUUUAACAGAUUUGUAUAUGUAUAGAUAGUUGCAUUUCUGUUCUGCCUUGAAACCUAAAUAACUAGAUGUUGUGUUGUAUUUGUGUUCUGACGUAGAAAUGUUUUGGCAAAGGGGGAUGUAUUGGCAGAGUGGGAGUAUGUACGUAUCAAUUCUUUGUUAUUGUUUCCAAUCAUGUUUUUUGAAUUUAUUUACUAUAUAGCUUGAGUUUGGAAGGAUCAUUUUAAAGUGUAUCUUAAGGUACCGUUAUUAUUUCAAUAAAUAAAUUGAAAACUGUUAUGUAAAACUGAUUUUUGUUGCAUGUUGUAAAGCUCGCAAGUAAAUAAGUACUCCACGGUCUCGUAGGGUAUAUUAACCUUGAAGUGAAAGUAAAAUGUUGAUUAUCAUUAAUCGCUGACCUUCUCAUUUCAUAUGAAUCACCCCUUUUUAUUAGAAGUCUUCAUGUCGUGAGACUCUAUAAUUAAUCUAUAACAGAACAUAUUUACAUUCAGAAUAGAAUAAUUAUUUGCACAGAAUGUCGACAGCACAUCUAUCUACCAUAAUCUGUUGACUGUCUGUUUGACUGUGGGGUUAAUGGAUUUCAAUAAUAGAUUUUCAAUCUCAUUACAAUCGUUGAAGCUUUCCGCUAUUCUUUCUAUUAAAUAAACGUUUUUAUCAGUUUCUGUGAUUCAAUAAUGAAUCAUAUUGUUUGCAAAUUAUUUACGAUUGCAAUAUGAUUGUAGAGCAAACUACCGAAUAGACCAAAUGGCAGACCAAUCGCAAACCAAUCGAAUGUCAUUGGAAUACGAUUGGUCUUAUAUUAGUAGCAGAAUGCCCGCUAAGGUUAAAACUGCUAUUGCGAUUCAAUUUCUAUUCAAUUUUGAAAUUAUUAACUUAGCAGACUGCGUCUGUAUAGAUAGAAAAAUACAGAUAUUUAAAAUUAACAUUUUGAGGUCUAUGUACAUUUUAUGCACUCAAAUAACCAGGUUGGUUACAAUUAAAUUUUUAAUGUAAAAGAAAUUACAUUAUUGAAAUUGUCAUUAUUUGAUUGUAAAAAAUGUAUCCUGUAUCUAUAUUCAUUGCAAGUCCAAAAAUGUUUGUGCCUGAGUCGCAGCCUGUUUGUAAAAAAAAGUACCACUACUACGCUAUUCAAUUAUAUACGUUAUAGAUUGAGAUUGAAUGGCGACGUUCAGUCAACGGACUAGCUGUUUGAUUGAAUUUCUAUUUUGAACAAUGUAAAGCCUAAUUUUCCUAACAUUCACUUUGAGUAAAUAGUAAAUAUUUCAUAUUUUUUGUAGUGUUACAACUUAAUUAGUUUUGUAUAGGCAGUUAGGUCGAUUGAAACCCGCGGGUAAGGAUUAAAAAGUUGUAACAAAAAUACAUUUAAGAAAAUUCUAUGUGAA